AUGCGGCAGUUCCGCCUGUGUGUUCUUCUUUCAGUGAUUUCUCUUUCUCAAUGCUCUUCUAAAUGCGCUGAAUCUUCACCUUACUUCACUUGUAAUGGUGCAACUGUGAUUGUUAUUGAUGGAACACAUCAUAUGCGUUCCUACACGGAAGUAGAUAAGGAGAUCUCGUAUAUUGAAAACCAUGUUAUUCCCCGUCUCGGUUUGGGCAAAGACUUCAAAGCCGCAUUCAUGCUGUCUGGAACCCGUGAUCAUGAAAAGUGGGAAAGAAAAUAUGCCAGUUCUCCCAAGGAAGCUUGUUCUGAAUUGCAAUCGCUAGAUGAUGUUGCUCGGAAAAAUAGUCUAGGAAAGGAAAGUCUCAAAAAGAUCUUGCAACGAAUCGUCAAUGAGCAUUUUGAGUUUCACCAUCCAUUUAUCUUUUUCUCCAAAUCUGACGACAAGGAUGAGAUAUCUGAGGCAGCUGAAUAUGCUCGGAUGUAUGUUCGCAACGAGAUAACCGUGGUUGCGUUAGGCGGAAAGGCGAGCGCAUGGAGAAAUUUUCCAGCUGUGUCUGUUUUCGCAAUAGAAGUCGACAAUCUCGAUUCCUCCAAGAAUUUGAGCUACUGUAUUGCAGAGAGGACUUGUUCCAUUACUAACGAAUCUUCUAAAUGCGCUGAAUCUUCACCUUACUGCAAUUGUAAUGGUGCAACUGUGAUUGUUAUUGAUGGAACACAUCAUAUGCAUUCCUACACGGAAAUAGAUAAGGAGAUCUCGUAUAUUGAAAACCAUGUUAUUCCCCGUCUCGGUUUGGGCAAAGACUUCAAAGCCGCAUUCAUGCUGUCUGGAACCCGUGAUCAUGAAAAGAUCUUACAACGGAUAGUCAACGAGCAUUUCGAGUUUCACCAUCCACUUAUCCUUUUCUCCAAAUCUGACGACAAGGAUGAGAUAUCUGAGGCAGCUGAAUAUGCUCGGAUGUAUGUUCGCAACGAGAUAACCGUGGUUGCGUUAAGCGGAAAGGCGAGCGCAUGGAGAAAUUUUCCAGCUGUGUCUGUUUUCGCAAUAGAAGUCGGCAAUCUCGAUUCCUCCAAGAAUUUGGGCUACUGUAUUGCAGAGAGGACUUGUUCCAUUACUAACGAAUAAUUCUGCCUUCUGAUUACUCAACCACACAGUAAUUCCAAGCAGAGUUUGCUUAUUUCAUGUGAUCCGAACGGUGAUGCUGUUCCAACAAUCAAGGCCACUGGGAAUUCAUCCACCACAAAGAAGUCUUCUACAGCAACAAUUGCUAAGAAUUUGGUUUCUACAUCUGUGGCACAGUCAGAAACAACAAAAAAUCCAAAUCCGCAAUCGACAACCACCGUUGCUGUAAAUGUUGAGGCCAAAGGAUGUGUAUGCAACUAUUCGACAUCGUGGAACGAUGUAAUGUUCGUGUUCGAAUCGACAGAGGCUAUGACCGAAUCUGGUUUGCAGGAGGUUAGUUUUGGCAGAAAACUUUUGUGGGUUAGCUCAACGAUCAUGAUCGAGUAG